AUGGCUGCGAAGCACUGUUGUGUACCGUUUUGCACCAACGACUCGAGGAAAGCAGCCACCAGUGACCUGAAAAUUUCAUUCCACCUCAUUCCGAAAGCGGAAUCGCUGAAAAAGCGAUGGAUUGUCGCAAUAAGGAGAGACGAGGGUCCAUUGUUUAAGGUUACAAGUUCUACAUAUGUUUGCUCUGAGCACUUCACCCCAGAGCAGUUUAAGAGGACACUGACUGGAAUAAAGAAACUUAAAGAUGGUGCAGUUCCCACAUUAUUCCAGUGGAUAACAAAUAAACUGGAGAGACCACCCCCCAAAAAACGUCAAUUUGUCCAACAUGACAUAGAAGAAACUUCGAGGGUUACUGAACCAUCAGAUAAUGGUCACCAGUGGCAGCCCAUCCCAAGCCAGGAUCACGAUUAUGCUUCUGAGCCAUUGACAGACAGGGAAAAGCUCGAAAUAUCUAGACUCUAUAUUGCAGAUCUUGAGUCCAGAUUAGCAAAACAACAGAUGCAAAGGUUUUGUCUUGAAAGGUUUACAUCCGAUGAAAGUUCCAUUUCUGACAAGGAAAUAACCAGAGUAUCAGGGUUGCUGGACCUCCUUGAUGUAGGGGAUGAGGUGAUGGCUGACAAGGGAUUCCUGAUUCAGGAUCUCUUACAGAAAGUUGGUGUGAAACUCGUGAUUCCACCUUUUCUUGGUCUAAAAGAAGUUAUUCUUUUGAAUGGUGGAAGUCAAGUGUGA